AUGAAGAAAGCUGGGAUAACCGUCGAUGAGGCGGCAGUUAUACUCUUGGCGACCCAGCCUGGCACCCUCAAUAAUCACAGCACCGGGCGCGCGCGCAACCAAAGACAGGACGACACGGCAGCAGUAUCCGCACCCAGAGCCCCGCUGGUGUACUGGCCAAACAUCAUCGACUUUGUGGAGCAGGGCCCUGCCCCUGGCUUUGGGUACCGUGGCAACGACGUUCAGUGUACGGAGAAGUUGCGUACCUCAACCCCUAGCAUGAAUAAUAUCCCGUCGGCCGCGAGACAUCGGUUCGGUAGCGAAGCCAAGAAAUCGAUCACGUCAGAGGACUUGAACGUGUCUCCAUUGGGGGCGGGACAAACGAAAGUCGACGAAAACCCGGAGGUGACGCCAGAAUCGAGACUAGAAAGACGUGACGGGCUCAGCAGCCACGGCGGCGAUAGUUCCGUCAGGCACAAGAACAGCGAGGGGGAUGCAAACGAUAGCAGUUGUGUACGCCUCAGGCAAGGUCUACACGAUAUCUCGUCCGGCCUGCGGGAAGUUACGGUUCAGGGCGCGAAGCUAUCUCCUCGGCAAAUCAAGCACGCGAUGGACAGCAUUCGAGAGAUCCUUGAAGCCCAAACUGGGAUGAACUGCGGCGAAGUGCCCUCAACACCUGGUGGAGAAAGUCGCAUCCCUUUGGGUGAGAGGGGACCGCACGUCCGGGAGGAAGGUGCAGGGGAGGUUCAAUCGAAAGCAACGUGGCACGGUUGCUGUGUUGCUGAGGCACGAGCGACUAGCUUGGGUCCGCGAGGCACCAAGAGUUUGGUGAGCACGGCAUGCGCGGCGGGCAAGAGAGGGGACAUAUCUGCUCUCAAAGGAAUCCCACAGAAGGAACGGCGGGAGUGUAGCAUGAACGCCCUGUCGGAAGAAAUUCGGCAUUACCUCGACACGGGAAUCUCGCCUGGUGCAACCCCUCGAACACAAGAGGCGAAACAAGACGAGGGACGACCAGUGCAAGCGGUACCACCAGACCGGGAGAAGAAUCACCACUCAGGGGCUGAGAAAAUGAAGCCCGCUGGCGCGGGGGGGGACGUAGGCAGCGUCGGAGACAACGGGAGGGUGGUGGACGCUCGCGAGAGCCCUUUGGGCGGGGCACACAACGCUGCAUCGUCCGCGGAGGGGGCGCUCUCCGUGGCAUCGCUGUUCGGGUGGGGGCAUGACCGGGAAAAGGACGCGGACUACUAA